AUGGAGAGAGCCAGGCCGGAGCCGCCGCCUCAGCCGCGCCAACUGCCACGGGCGACCCCACCUCGCCGGUUGCGCCCCGCUCCGCCCCCGCUGCCGGUCGAGGGCACUGCCUUUCGGGCGGCGGCCGCCGAGCCUCCUCCGUCGCCGCCGGCCCCGUGCGGGGCCGCCAUUGCGACGGUGGCCUCGUCGUGCGGAGAGGCCCCGGCGUCGAGCGUCCAGUCCACCGCAAGGCGGCUGCUUCAGGUGAAGCCGGAGCAGGUGUUAUUGCUACCGCCGGGGCCACUACUGCCUCAGGCCCAGGACGAAGGCGCCGCCGUCUCGCCCGCGCAGGCGCGGCUGCUGCAGCUGAGGUCGGAGCUGCUGCUGUUGCCGCCUCCUCCCGCGUCCGAGGGCGCCCCCUGCAGGCCCGAGCUGCGUCCGGUGCAGCCGCGGGCGCUGCAGAUCAAGGCGGAGAAGCAGGAGCUGGGACCCGCCUUGGACCCGUCUACCGGCCCUCGGAGGGCGGUCGAGGCGGGCCCUAGAGCUUGCAGAGCGGCCAAAGUGGAAGGCACCGGGCUGGCCCUCGACAGCCGCAGAGGAGACGAGAAGAAGGGCAAGCUGGAGGCCGAGGAGGUCUUGAUGGAUGCAGCAAAAGGCAGGGAAGGCAAAAGCCUGACAGCUGUCGGAGAAGGAGUCAUCAAAACUGAGGAGCCCGAGAGACUCUUGGAGGACUGCAGGCUGGGCGCGGAACCGGCCUCCAAUGGCUUGGGCCAUGGCAGCAAGGAGGUCAUCCUAGCCCAGCCGUCUAGUGCUUUUGGGCCGCACCAGCAGGACCUCAGGAUCCCUUUGACUCUCCACACUGUCUCCCCGGGGGCCCGGAUCCAAUUUCAGGGACCUCCACCUUCUGAGCUGAUAAGGUUGACCAAGGUUCCCCUGACACCAGUGCCUAUUAAAAUGCAAUCCUUAUUGGAGCCUUCUGUAAAAAUUGAAACCAAAGAUGUCCCGCUCACCGUGCUUCCCUCAGAUGCAGGAAUACCAGAUACUCCCUUCAGUAAGGACAGAAAUGGUCACGUGAAGCGACCCAUGAAUGCAUUUAUGGUUUGGGCAAGAAUUCACCGGCCAGCACUAGCCAAAGCUAACCCAGCGGCCAACAAUGCAGAAAUCAGUGUCCAGCUCGGGUUAGAGUGGAACAAACUUAGUGAAGAACAAAAGAAACCUUAUUAUGAUGAAGCACAAAAGAUUAAAGAAAAGCACAGAGAGGAAUUUCCUGGUUGGGUUUAUCAGCCUCGUCCAGGGAAGCGAAAACGCUUCCCUCUAAGUGUUUCCAAUGUAUUUUCUGGUACCACACAGAAUAUUAUCUCUACAAAUCCUACAACAAUUUAUUCUUAUCGCUCACCUACCUACUCUGUGGUAAUUCCCAGCCUACAGAACACCAUCACUCAUCCAGUUGGUGAAGCCCCACCUGCCAUCCAACUGCCCACACCUGCAGUCCAGCGCCCAAGCCCCAUCACACUUUUCCAGCCCAGCGUCUCCAGUACUGCCCAGGUAGCCGUCCAGGCUCCAAGUCUGCCACUCCGCCCAGCACUCCCACCUCAACGCUUUGCUGGGCCUUCCCAAACUGACACUCAUCGGCUACCUUCCGGAGCCAAUCGCUCUGUGAAGAGACCUACUCCUGUCUCUCUGGAGAGCACCAGCAGGAUUCCAACUAGUGCAAGUACAGCCCAUGCCAGAUUUGCAACCUCAACCAUCCAACCUCCCAAGGAGUAUUCCAGCGUUUCCACUUGUCCCAGAAGUGCUCCAAUCCCCCAGGCUCCUCCCCUUCCACACUCACAUGUCUACCAGCCUCCUCCCCUUGGCCAUCCAGCCACACUGUUUGGGACACCUCCACAAUUCUCUUUCCAUCACCCUUACUUCCUACCUGGACCUCACUACUUCCCAUCAAGCACAUGUCCUUACAGUCGGCCUCCCUUUGGCUAUGGGAAUUUUCCAAGCUCAAUGCCAGAAUGCCUUGGUUAUUAUGAAGACAGGUACCAAAAACACGAGGCUAUGUUUUCAGCUUUAAAUAGAGACUACCCUUUCAGAGACUACCCAGACGAGCGCACACACAAUGAAGAUUCUCGGGGUUGUGAGAGCUUGGAUGGGACCUCUUACUAUAACAGCCACAGCCACAGUGGGGAAGAAUACUUAAAUCCCAUGCCCCAGCUGGACAUUGGGGCUUUGGAGAACGUCUUCACAGCUCCCACCUCAACUCCCUCUAGUAUCCAGCAAGUCAACGUGACUGACAGCGAUGAGGAGGAAGAAGAAAAAGUGCUCAGGAAUUUAUAAUUUUAAAACAAAUAUGCACAGAAAAUAAACAUUUCUUAAAAUAUACUCUGGGUCAGUUGGUGUGAGAAAAAAAGCCUAGAAUCCUUUGCUGAGAGUUUUCAGCCAUGAUUCGAGGAGUAGUCAAAACCAAAUUCUAUUCAUGUCUUCAUAAAAUGUUGAUUAAUGAAACUGGAGUCCUGAUGUUUCAUCAUAGGAAUAUUUAAAAUAUGAAGCAGAUUACUUUUAUGGCUGAAAUUUGCACCAACAUGUUAUCAUUACUUUAUGUUGGCAUGUACAAAAUACAGAAACCUCACAAUUGCGUGUGAGGAGAAAGGUAGUAUAUAUCUGGCAUAAGAAGUGUGAUUUGCAUUUUAUCUCAGGAUACAUAUAUAUUCUUAAAUAAUUUUUGUUUGGUGUUUAUAUAAUACUUAUAUUGUCAGUUUUUAUGUAACAUUUUGAAAAUAUUUUGAUAACUUUUAGAAGUGAAUUGGGACUCAGUUACUAAUUUACACCAAUAACCAAUUAUAAGUUGCAAAUGUGUUUUAAUGGCACCUGGGUAAUUCUUUCAGCUAUAUUUAGUCAUUGCUGUCCCUAAACAUUUUUAUCAUCAUUUUAAAAUAUAUUUUUUUCCAUUUGGUAUGCAUUGUUGUAUUUUUGUUAUAAUUAAAUAAACAUAGAUAAAAUUGUU